UACAAGGUUCAUUCAGUUGCCGGUUGUAGCAGAGGAAGGACGUCGCGAAAUAAAAUUUUAAUUUCUUUGUAAUUGUAUUGAUACCUUCAGUGAAACCAAAUUAAGGGUUUAUUGAGUUAUGUUAAUUGUGUAAUCGUGAUAUAGUUGAUACGUGUUAUGCACGCAAUGAGUGAUCCAGCUGCUUUGGCAGGGAUGUUACCUUUCGAUUCAAUAGGACUAUACGAGCAGCCAAAACCUCGUUUUAUCUUCAAAAUGCCCCGUGUGGUUCCAGAUCAAAAAGCCAAAUUUGAAUCAGAUGAUUUGUUCAAAAGGCUCAGCAGGGAAAGCGAGGUACGAUAUACGGGCUAUCGUGAUCGUCCGCCAGAGGAGCGGCAGAUGCGCUUCACAAGCGGCUGUCGAGAGGGCCACACAGAGAUCGCUUUCACUGCUACCGGCACUAACCUCCAGCUCGUCUUCGACCACUCGCCGUAUAAUAACCGUGGCUGUGAUUUCCAGAAAGAAAGUGGCAAGGCUCAUAUUGUAUCCCGAUUUAUAAUGAACGGUGUGUGCGUGCGAUGGCGAGGCUGGAUUGACUUAGAACGUCUAGACGGCGCUGGCUGCCUCGAGCUAGACGAAGAACGUGCUGCAAUCGAGGAUGCCGCUUUACGAGAUCAAAUUGAGCGAUAUAAUCAGAGGCUAAGAGAUUUUGAGGACAAGCAGCGCGCUUACCGCGAACACGGCGAGGAGUUACGAGCGCAUUCUCAAGUUCAUGCUCAGCGUUGUCACCAAGCUCGCCAACCAACUCACCCAGCUCAUCCUGCCCACCCACAUGCAACACAUCCUGUCCACAUCAAGCCACACUCUCAGGGCGCUCUAAUAUCGUGAACCAUAUUCAUCAUUUUAAAAUAUAAAAAUGUUAAAGACUAAAUAUUAAACUUUUUAAUCUUUAAAAAACAAAAUAUACCUAUAUAUUAUUCUAUCCUACAAAUAAAGUAGGUAUACUUAUACCGUAUACUUAAUACCUUCGUGUAAUUGUCUUAUUACGCAAAGAACUUCAGCUACUAGAAAUCUUUUUUAUAAUCAUGAAAAUUAAAGUAGUUCAUUAUUAAAUGUUAACUUCAUAAAAUAAAUACAGUAGAUUUCAACUCUAGUAACGAUGUAUUAGUAACGUAGUAAGUACCUAAUAUUAUUAAAUAUAUUCUGUCUUCAAAUUGCUUAAAAAUGCGUAAUUAUUAAAUGUCAUUAGUAAAUCGUUUAUUAGUUACAUUAACGAAUGACGUGAUAAGUAUUUACGUCAUUUUUAUUUACGCAAUUACAAUUGUAAUUGCGUCUAUAAAAACCUCCUUAAUAUUCAUUGUAGAAGUGAAUAUUGUCAUAAUAUUUGCAUUAUUAUCUUUGCACAAACGAGCUGCCAAAAAAUAUAAGUAAUCUAACAAUUAUUUAAUCAUGUGUUCAAAAUUUUACAUUCAAACAAAACAGUAAUGGUUUUUACUACUUCAAUUAUCUUUAUUUUAUAACUUCAUCUAAAGUUAAAGUAAGUCAAAUAAAUAAUAAAAUAUCGUCUAUUCAUAAAUAUUGUGACUAUAUACGCAUUUUGAAUGUAUAAACGCGAAGAAAAGCAUGCUAUGCUUCCUAUGUACUCAGAUUUGACUUAUUAUCUUUUUGAUAAAUAAUAAACGCCAUGUAUAAAGGUACGCCAUCUGCAAUAUCUCCAUUCAUUAAAUGUUUUAAUUGUAAUUUCUAAUAGUUUCGUAUAAAAAAAAUAUGUUCAAGUUUAGUAUUCGUGUUAUUUAUUUUUUAAGAUUUUUUUUAUUGUAAGAUUUACGUGCAAACUAUUGUGAUAGUAAUGUAAAUAAAUGUUUAUAAUUUUA